AGUUAUAUACUCGUUGCAACCAAGGCCACACAUUGAGAAACGUUUCUCUAGUGAACAAUGAGAUAUUCUGAAAUUAUUUAGAGAAAUUAACAACUACAAAAAUUAAAUUACCAAACGCAUUUCCAUUUAUCAUCUCGAUGAAUCGAUAAAUUUUCUGUAAUUCAUUCGAUAUUGUUGUGGAUAUUGAAAUAGUGAAAGUUUUUUUUUAUUAGUUAUUAUUAACUGGGAAUUUAAUCGCAAUGUCGGCGUGUGCUGGUCAUUUUCAAUCAGCUGAUCAGCCUGAUGAUCGCGAUAAACAAUCAAAUGACGGGGAAAUUGUUAACAAAGAAAGUGACACCAGGUACAGCGAUGGUUCAGUCAGACUGAGAAACCCGAACAUCGAGCUGAUGGAUCAGGAUAUUCUGUACCAUCUAGCCCUCGGGAGUGGCUCCCAUGAUCUAGUAGAAAUGUUUGGUGAUGUAAAGUUCAUAUGCAUGGGAGGGACUCCUAAGCGUAUGGAGACCUUCGCUUGGUACAUAAUGAAGGAAAUAGGUCAUAAACUACCAGCUGGAACAACUUUACUCGACAUCAGUCAGCAUUCGUAUCGCUAUAGCAUGUACAAAGUCGGUCCUGUACUCUCUGUCAGCCAUGGAAUGGGAAUUCCGUCAAUAGGAAUUCUUCUGCACGAGAUAAUAAAACUCAUGUACCACGCGAAAGUACGUGAUCCUCUGUUCAUCAGAGUUGGUACGUGCGGAGGAAUUGGAUUAGAUCCUGGAACUGUCGUCAUAUCAAAUGAAGCUGUUGAUGGAAUGCUCAAGCCAUAUUUCGAACAGCCGGUCCUGGGUAAAAUGACCCGACGACCAGCCAAAUUGGAUAAAAAGCUAGCGAUGGAACUUCUGGCACUCGCUAGCAAUGAAGAUCCUUACGACACUGUAACCGGAAAGACAAUGUGCACUUCUGAUUUUUACGAGGGCCAGGGGCGUUUGGAUGGUGCUUUCUGCGAUUACACUGAGCAAGACAAAACCGAUUACCUCAAUAAACUCCACAAGCAAGGAAUCAUCAACAUUGAAAUGGAAUGCACUAUCUUUGCUGCUCUAACUCAUCAUGCUGGUAUCAAAGCUGCAAUCGUUUGUGUUACAUUCUUGGAUAGACUAAAAGGAGAUCAGGUGAAUUCGCCUAAAGAAGUCCUGGAAGAAUGGCAGAAACGACCGCAGGAGUUGGUGGCACGAUACAUUAAAAGAUAUUUGCAGCACAAAGGGCGAUUGUCCUUAGAAGGGCACGGUUCAAUGUGUGUCAAGAGUCCUCGACGGUUCAAGCUUGUUCAACAGGAAUCCGAGAAUUACGAUUAAACUGCCCCACCGAUGAGAUAAUUCAGAUUGAUUUGUCUCCAUUCUAUCGACAAAAAAAAUACCGAUAGAAUAAUUAAUUAGUUUUAUUAUUUAAACUAUUCAAUGGCACAAAUUGAACUGAAUAAUGGUUCUACGUUAUAUUCGUCUUGGGAACUAAUUAAGUAGGCGAUUACUUAUUGUUCAGACGAAAUAAUAUCGCAAUAUUCAGAGCUGUCGCAAUUGAGCCAGAAGCUGAUGAUUUUUACUAGCUCACUUAACCGCGAAUAAGUCGCGGUGCUCAAGUACAAAAAAGCAGGAAAGAGAAUUUUUUUAAAUAAUCAUGUUACUGACCAGUCUCGGCCACAUAUCCAAUAUUUUUUAUUCAAAAAUCUGCUGUGAGGGAAUUGCAAAGAUAAAUUGAGAAAAUGACAGGCACUUUGACGUCAUUAAUUUUAAUUAAUGAUUUAUGUUUUAUUAGUGUUAUCCAUUGUUUUUGAUGCCUUGGAUGUGACGAAUCGAAAGCAUCAGCGAAUCGAGUCGAAACUAUUUUGUAAUUGAAUACAAUCACAGCCGAUUGAAUUGACGGAAGUUUAAUUAAUUGAUUAGUUAAUUAUUUCGUGAAUGUUUAAUUAAAACACGGGAGCAACCGUAGAGGAAUGAAUGAACCUAAAUCAAAGAUUCUCAUCUUGAUAAAAAUUAAAAUCAGUGGAAAUAUCCACUCGCAGCUUCUGUACCACAAAAAAUAUAAACAUUGAUUAUUAAAAAAAUUAUCAAUAGUGAAUUCAACAUUCCAGCGCAAUUCCAAAUAUUUAUCUCUGAUUUAAGAAUUAUAAAUAAUCGUUUGAGAAUGUAACGAGAGAUUUCAAGUUGAAAAUAUAAAAAUUUCCCAGAAAUUGAAAGAUUAUUCCUUCGAGAAAUAAAUUUCUAUCGAUAUUUUAUCUCCAAAUGUUGAAUUAUCAUUG